AGCUCAGAAGCGUCUGCCUUCUUCUCUAAAAUUAAUUAUGUGCGAUCAUGAACAAGUGAACAUUGACGUUCUUGUUAAAAUGAUCCAGUUUUUUGAUGACAAGUUGCAGCCAACCAAACAUGACAGGCCUUAUCAGUAUUCUGUAGUCAUCAGGGUGCCUUAUCAACAGUGUACAGAACAGUUUAGUCUUGAUUCGGUUUUCAACACGGACGAAAUGGAAAAUGCCUUCAAUGAUUUCAAGACUAAUGGUCAGCGAAGGCUUUGUGAAGUCACCCAAGACUUGUUCAGUCUCGCUGCUGCAAAGCCGAGCUGGAUCCAAAUGACCGGUUCUUCUGAAGAAACAUUACAUUCUGAAUAUGCUCUUAUCUAUCCUAUGGACGCCACAAAUACAUCACCCAUGGACAAAAUUUUAAGAAUGCCAAAUGAUGAUCAAUGUGUUGUUUUGUACACUUACUACUCACCUUGCAUAGAAAAGUGCAUUAAUUAUAAAGCUGACACUAUUUUGUAUGACCUUUCGAAGUGGCUAAACACACAUAAAACUGGGAUUAAAGCCUUAGUUUUCCAAGAGAUCUGGCACAAAGACUGGUCUGUUGUAAGAGAUCAGUUUGCAAAGAUUAAUAAUCGAGUGCCUCUCUAUCGCUGUGUGAAGGAAAAUAGUCAAACGAAAUGCUACAAGUGUGGAGAUGCUAGCAGUGAGACGUUAAAUCAAAAUUGUGUGUCUUAAAAAAGCCUUUUAUGUCAAUAAUCAUGCUGCAUAUUUUCAAAUCACUGUAUGUCUUAAACCUAUAAAUAAAC